CUAUUAGCUAUUAGUUGCCGCGGAAACAGUUAAGUCACAUUUAUAGCGUGCUUGUACAGCACUCACAAUCAACGCACACGAACUUUGCCUGUCCAAUAGUGUGUGUCUACCAAUACUAAAAAAACGGGAAGCACUGUACAAUUUUUGAUUUGUUUAUUGACUUGUGGAGAGUUUCGUGUGUGGAGGUAACAGAGACGUUUGUAUACUCUAGCGUCACUUUAUGUCAAAUAGUUACGGGCUACGGGUGGUUUUGGAGUAAAGCUGUGCAACUUCAACAACUUGAACAAUGUCGAAGACUAAUGAAACUACCACCCCGCGUACGUUUGGUCAAAAACCCGCCAAGUUUCAACUAGAAGAAGGUGGCGAAUUUUAUAUGAUUGGAUCUGAGGUUGGCAAUUAUCUUCGUUUAUUCCGUGGCUCCUUAUACAAACGAUACCCAUCAUUAUGGAGGCGUAUGGCAACAACAGAAGAGAGAAAACUAAUUGCCUCACGCUCUCCAGAUAUCGGACAUAGUAGUCUUGCAACUAAUGUUUCUUUGCUGAAAGCAAGUGAAGUCGAAGACGUGUACCAAGGUAAUGAUGAAAAAUAUCGUGCUGCAACUUUAUCAACUACAGCAGACAUAGCUGCAAGAGAAGCAAACAAACAAAAGCGCAGCAGUCAGUGGGUUCCAACUUUACCUAAUAGUUCACACCAUCUUGAUGCAGUGCCUUGUGCAACAUCUAUUACACAUAUUCCGCAAUCCAAGAAAAAAAUUCGCACUUUUCCAUUUUGUUAUGAUGAUCGUCGACCCGCAGCUAUUCACAGCAAUGCAGCUCAACCAGAAGUGUUGGUUCCAAUACGCCUCGAUAUGGAAGUGGAUGGCCAGAAAUUAAGAGAUACAUUUUGUUGGAAUAAAAAUGAACAACUGAUAACACCAGAAAUGUUUGCUGAAGUUUUAUGCGAUGAUUUAGAUUUGAAUGCACUCACAUUCGUACCACUUAUUGCACAAGCAAUACGAACACAAAUUGAAGCUUUUCCUUUAGAAACAAACAUACUAUCAGGACAAACUGAUCAGCGGGUUAUCUUAAAACUGAACAUUCAUGUCGGCAACAUCAGUUUAGUUGACCAAUUUGAAUGGGACAUGUCAGAACCAAGUAACAGUCCAGAAGAAUUUGCUGCAAAGCUUUGCCAAGAGCUUGGACUAGGAGGGGAAUUUGUGACAGCUAUAGCUUACAGUAUCCGUGGCCAAUUAAGCUGGCAUCAAAGGACAUAUGCAUUUAGUGAGAAUCCACUUCCAUCUGUUGACAUUGCAUUGAGAAACACUGGUGAAGCUGACCAGUGGUGUCCGUUCCUUGAAUCUCUAACUGAUGCGGAGAUGGAGAAGAAGAUAAGAGAUCAAGAUAGAAACACAAGGAGAAUGAGACGACUAGCUGCUGCCUGGUGAUACAAUGGGAAACUAAAUAAGAGAACAAUUGGAUUACCUACUUGGAUUAAAACUUUCGACUUACUUCAGACAUAAAACUUGUUGAAUUCCUUUUAUAGUAGUCCUGUCCAUUUCAGACUAAAAAACCAUAGACCCUAAUACAUGGAAACGAAAGGCACCGCCAAAAAUCUGAAAAACUGUUGUGGAAAGUUUUUUGCGUUACUUUGUUUAUCUGUGAAUAAAACAGGAAACGUAUA